UUUCUUUAAUCGAAAAUGUCAUUUAAGGAGGUAGCAAUUGAAUCUGAAGCACUUUGCAUUAGUAAAGAUCCUCAUCAUCCUGCCAACUUGAUUCCCGAAUUAUGUCGUUUAUUCUAUCAGUUAGGCUGGGUCACUGGUACUGGUGGUGGUAUUAGUAUUCGAAAGGGCGAUCUUGUCUAUAUUGCACCUUCUGGAGUUCAAAAAGAGCGUAUUCAGCCAGAAGAUCUAUUUGUUAUGAAAUUGCAAGAUCGUGCAGUAUUAAGAAAACCACUUGUUUUUAAGCCAUCUGCUUGUACACCUUUAUUCUAUAAUGCUUAUACCAUGCGAGAUGCAGGUGCUUGUAUUCAUACACACUCUCAACAUGCAGUUAUGGCUACCUUAGUUUUUCCUGGAAAAACUUUUGAGAUUUCCCAUCAAGAAAUGAUCAAAGGCAUUCGCAUCGGCUCUACUAAGAAUAAUUUGCGUUAUUUCGAUAAAUUAGUAGUUCCUAUUGUUGAAAAUACACCUGAAGAAGAAGAUUUAACUGAAAGAAUGGCUGAAGCUAUGAAAGAAUACCCUGAUACGAACGCUGUUCUAGUUCGUCGACAUGGUGUAUAUGUCUGGGGAGAAACUUGGGAAAAAGCAAAGACUAUGGCAGAAUGCUAUGAUUAUCUUUUUGAGAUUGCACUCAAGAUGAAGGCUAUUGGUAUUGAUCCUGCUGUUAAGCCUGAAAGUGAGCCUGAUUAUUGUUAAUAAAGAGUGUAGAAGAGGUUAAUUUAUAUAUCAUAGAAAAUGUUAAUAAUAAAAAAAUAGUGGCAUUUGUGUAAUAAAUACAUGUUAUUUCUAAAUAUAUAUAUAUUGCUUUAAACCAGGAAGCAAAAGCAUUAUUUUGGC